CAGGAUUGCAUGACGGGACUAGUGUACACUAUUGUACUUCUUCUGUUUGCCGACUGGUCGGAGACGCAAGUGGUCCGCAGCCCCGUCACCUCUGACUAUGUCGACGAUGAAGGAUGUAAGCGGGAGGCAACGGAGAAGAGACACCUCUAACGACUUGGUGCACUCGUCAUUCAGCCGGUUGUUACGAGCGAGGGGUGUUUUUUGUAUCACCCAAAGUCAAUAUCUCCACUGACGCCAUGAUGGGCAUCGCCACCCCCCGUCACUGCCAGAUGAAGUGCUGGGCUUGGGAAGAAUGCGAGGCGUUCACAUUCUCGUACGACCAGGGGUGCUUCCUCCUCACCGACAAGCUGACCGACGUUCAACAUGAUAAGCAAGAGAGCAAUUUCGCUACAUCAGGGCCCAAAUAUUGCACCUCGGACGGACAGCAAAGCACAGAAGGCGGACAGAAGAGCUGAUCGGGGGCUGGUAUGUGACAUCAGGAACCUUUCGAAAGAUAACAGUGUGAUUAUGCUCUGUUUUGUGGAUGGCAGUAUCGCUCGGGGGUGCCACUAUUGUGCCACUCCUAUCGAUGUUAUCAGUCUGGGAUCUGUUGCGACGCCAUUCAGGUGCCCAGGCCCUCUGUCAGCAAUACGAGGCCUGCAUUGUUUUCAGCUACGACUACAGCACACUGCUAUGCACUCUGCAUGCAACCGAAGAGAAAAAGACCACCGGCCUCACCCCAAACCAACUGUGUGGGCCAAGGUGAGUACAUGCUGAUACACGUGUGCAUCGAUUGUGUGGAUCUAGGUCGUGUGCCCUGUGGCCCGAGCCGCCCAAAGUGAGAGGCCUUGUGGCCGAGUCAUUGAAGAGCGCCCCCAUGGAGGACUACAUCGAUGGUCUGUUGGCGAAGAUGCAUUACUUGAAAAAGAUCAGCCAGAUGGUCAUCAGCACGGACCCUGUCGGCGAGGGUCCUAGCUCAAUUGAGAAGUACAAUGUCAACGUGCUGUGGCCGCUUAAAGUAGAAGAUGCCCAGAUCGUUCAACAAACGACAAAGAACCAUUACCAGCACUCGAUGCGACGCAAGGAGGGACGUCGCUUGGGCAUUCCGUCCAUCACUGCUGUACAUGCUGUCCACGGGCUGAACGCCAUCCCCAAGGCCACCAUCUUUCCACAUAACAUCGGCCUGGGAUGCGCCAACGAUCCAGACCUCAUGCGACGAAUCGGUAUAGGCAGCGAGAAACACAGAGAUGCGUGGAUCACAGUCUCUAUCCGCGUGCUUUUUGGUCGUGUGACUGCUCUGGAGCUCCGCGCGGUGGGCUUCGCGUGGAUUUUGGCCCCCGUCACCGCGGUGCCACUGAGUACAGGUGGGGUAGAACUUAUGAGAGCUUCUCGGAGAACGGCACCGUAACGGCUGACCUUGUUCAGGUGCAGAUAUACGGUCGAAAGCGCACGCAAAGUCUCUACACAUAACCGAUGGCUCAGGCGUACAUAGACGGUCUGCAAGAGGGCGCGGGAACCGGCACUGGUGUGGCAGCUAUGUGCAAGCAUUUCCUGGGUGACGGAGGGACACUCGGCGGGGUAGUCGACGGGGAUACCGAAAUAGGGGAGGACGAAUUGAUCCGAGUCCACUUCAGACCCUUCAUAGGGUGCUUGAAAGCGAGUAUGUACACAAGUACUGUUUGGCCAAAGCCUAUGUGCCUGCCUCUGCUUGCCUGCCUGCCUGAUAGAGGUGAUGAGCACGAUGCCUUCAUUCAACGAGAUCAACGGCAUAGAGAUGCACCAGCACUACCACUACCUGACGGAGAUCCUCAAGGGCCACUUCGGCUUCGAUGGGGUUGUCAUGAGCGACUGGAACGCGCACACUGACAUACCUUCGUGCACAUUGGACAGCUGCCCACAAGGCAUCAACGCGGGCGUACGACAUACAUACGCCUGUCUCACACACGCACUCGUUGUAACUCCCUCACUUGACACCUUAUCAGAUUGACAUGUUUCUCCUCUCCACGGUGGGUGGCGAUCACUACUCCAAGUUUAUCGAGAACACUCUCCAGGCUGUCAGAAAUGGCACCGUACCGCAGUCGCGCAUCAACGACGCCGCCAGACGUGUAUUGCGUCUUAAGGCCCGGCUACGCAUGAUCGGACCUCGCGUCAACGCACUAGACAGAAUAGGCCACGUCAACAUGACAAUCAUCGGCAGCCCAGAGCACACGGCCAUGGCCAGGGAAGCCGUACAGAAGUCGGCGGUGCUGCUCAAGGUGAGAUGAAAGAGAUCAUAGAGCAUGUCUUAGGUGUUUCGGUACGUGGCACUUGAGCAGAACAACGGCGGCGUGUUGCCGCUGAAGCCACGGGCUGGCAUGAGGGUGUUGGUAAUGGGCAAGGCGCGAUGGACCUAUCUCGCGUGUGGGGGCUGGACCAUGGGGUGGCAGGGACAGGGUUAGCUCAAAACGCAUAUGAGCAAAGAGUCUGUCCUGAACCACGGUUCUCUCUGCUUGCUGUCAUUCCCCCCUUCCAGUCAUCGACGAAGUUUUUGAUAAUGUUGGCAAUUCCGCAAGCCUCUUGGAGGCCCUUAAGGAGCACAGCAACAGUAAUAACUACACGGUGGUUGACGACGAGGAAACCCUUACGCCGAGGUCUAUGGAGACUUGGACGAUGGGGAAAGUCUCAUGCACCAUCGAAACCAGUACACACAUUUUUCGCCAUGUAGCGGUUGAUUAGUCGUAUUCUGAAUUGCAUGUGGCACAGGUCCAGAUCCGGCAGGCAUACGUACCCAGAGGACUUGAUCCGCCUGAAACAUGCACGCGACAACGCACCCACGACCCCAAUAAUUACUAUUUUGUACUCAGGCAGACCGCUGUACGUCAACGCAGGAAUAGAUCUCUCAGACGCCUUCAUCGCCGGAUUUCUGCCGUGCAAGCAGGCCGGCCGUGGCCUCACCGACCUUCUUUUUGGAGACGUGGACUUCACAGGCCGUCUGUCCAUGUCAUGGCCUUCCCACCGAUGUCACUUCAACGUCCACAAGGGCGACGGCCAGCGGCCGCUCUUCCCCUACGGCUACGGCCUCUUCUACAAGGAAAAACACCCUGACAAGGACCUGCAACUUCCCGACGUUGUCGAGCGCGACACGUGCGUCAAUCCGUGCAGUGAUCUACUCGGGGAAGACAACACCUGGGAGUCGCCCGACUGUGACUUGGGGCGAUCCUCAAAUGUCUAGGAUCUGUGUGGGGUUUUCUUUCUAUUUUUCAAGUUCUUUCUUCUUUUUUGUUUGCCCACGUUGCUUGUUUGCGUCUCGCCUGCAAAUGCUUUGCUCGGAUGGAUUUACAAUACCAGAAGUCCAACCAAAACAGAUGCAAGCUACCGACAUAUCCAUCCAAGCUGCGUACUUUACAUGUGCUGAAUGUGCCAGCAGGCGAUGGUACUGUUUGCUGAUCUUUGGAGUUUUGUUCGUAAACAAUAGGAGAAGUCCAUUGAGCAUAGGAAAUGCAAGCUACUGACAUGGUGGUGGUGGUGGUUAAGGGUAAGAUUGUCCGUGUGUCCAUGCGCCGGGACGGUCGAUUACAUGUUCGCAUCUAAACUAUUG